UUGGGAUUGGGAUUGGGACUGAUAUCUGGAGCCUGGCUGCAAAGGAAGAAAGGAGGAGGAGGAGUAAUAAUGCAGGAUGGAGAUCAUAUUGUCCAAAGAAAAAGUUGAUUGGGACUGGGAUUGGGACUAGGAUUGGGUUUGGGAGUAGGACUAGGAUUGGGUUUGGGACUGGGAUUGGGAAGCUCAUCUGGAGUUUGGUUACAAAGGAGGAGGAAUAAUAAUAAUGCAGGAUGGAGAUCAUAUUGUCCAAAGAAAAAGCUUUACUAACUGUGUGUAAACCUAUCCAGGGUUUGCUGUGUUGGCCCUCUAGCAAAAGUGCAAUAACACAUUAUUAGGGGAUUAUUAUUGUUGUUUUUAUGUAUAUAUAGUAAACGCUGUGUUCACUUUAAAGGGUACAAAUAUGAAGUAAUAUGUGAACAAGCUGCGUUUCUUUUCUCUCCCCCCCAAACCCUUUCUUGAGGCAAUGUACUGUAUUGCAAAUAUAAUUUAAAAUUUUACAGUAUUCAGCGACUCUCCAGUCCUCAGCAUUUCCAGCUCUUUCCUUCCCCUCACACAAAACAGUUGGACCCUCUUCUCCCUCCUGCUAAGGACCAAUGGCAUCUGGUGUGGAGCUCCUUCGGUUCCAGCUCCCUGGGCAUGAGGCUGCCACCUUGCGCAACAUGAACCAGCUCCGCUCAGAGGAGCGCUUCUGCGAUGUCACCAUCGUAGCUGACAGCCUCAAGUUCCGGGGCCACAAAGUCAUCCUGGCCGCCUGCUCUCCUUUCCUCAGGGACCAGUUUCUCCUCAACCCUUCCUCAGAGCUCCAGGUUUCCCUCAUGCACAGCGCCAAGAUUGUCGCUGACCUGCUCCUUUCUUGCUACACUGGUGCCCUGGAGUUUGCCGUUCGAGACAUCGUCAACUACCUGACGGCGGCUAGCUAUCUGCAAAUGGAGCACGUGGUGGAGAAGUGUCGGAACGCCCUGUCCCAGUUCAUAGAGCCCAAGAUCAGCCUCAAAGAAGAGACUGCAAAAUAUGGAAGCCACCGAAGGUCCAAGUCCCCCAGCGUGGUGGGCUGCACUACCUCUACCUCAACCCGCAAAAUACACUCACGCAAGAGAUCCAUGCAGCGCCCUGUGAAGCUGGAGUUCCCACUGGAAGAAGAACUGGAGAUGAAGGCAGAGGAUGAAGAUGAGGACCAGGAAGAUGAUUAUGGAGAUGAAGAUGCUGUCUCUGAUAUCUGCAUUGUGAAGAUUGAGUCAGCCAUAGAGGUGGCCCAGAGACAGAAGAAGCAGCAGCAGCAACAGACAAGCAGCAGUUGGAACAAAGAUAUGUCACCCCAACAGAGCUGGAACAAGGAAAGUUCUCCCCAACAGACUUGGGGCAAAGAUUCUUCUCCCCCACCAGGGUGGAACAAGGAUGGAUCUGGAGACCAGGAAGAGCCUCAAGUCAACUCUACGGUGGCAGAAACCAUGGGAUCGUCUCCAGAAUCAACCCCAGAGAAACCUCAACAUGGUGUGGUGAAAGCCUCCUACAGCCUUUCUGAGGAUGCUGAGGGUGAAGGCCUCUUGAUCAUCCCAGGAGGAAGCUACUUGGAGGAGACCAGUGAAGCAGCAGCUGUGGCAGCUGAGUGUCAGAGCAGUGGUGGUGGGAUGGGGAUAGUGCUAGCGGGACUGAGUGGGCGUCCCUUCUCCACCUUUCCUGCAGUGGGGAGAGGUGGAAGUUCAGGAGCAACAGGGGGUGGUGGAAGUGGUGGCGGCAGUGGUGUUUCAAGGAUCAUACGUUGCACCAAAUGUGAGGAGGUCUUCCAAGGCGUGGAGAAGCUGGUCUUCCACAUGAGGGCUCACCAUUUCAUCUUUAUGUGCCCCCGCUGCGGCAAGCAAUUCAACCAUAGUAGCAACCUCAACAGGCACAUGAAUGUCCACCGUGGUGUAAAGUCACACUCCUGCACCAUCUGUGGGAAAUGCUUCACCCAAAAGUCCACGCUUCAUGACCACAUGAACCUCCACAGCGGCGAGAGGCCUUACCGCUGCUCCUAUUGCGAUGUGCGCUUCGCCCACAAGCCUGCGAUCCGGCGCCACCUCAAGGAACAGCAUGGGAAGACUACGGCUGAGAACGUCAUGGAAGCCAGCGUGACUGAGAUCAACGUCCUCAUACGUUGAGGGAGAAACAGCAGCAGCAGUGGCAGCGGCAGGGCUGGCAGUGGUGGGAAGUGGAACGGAAGUCCUGAGCUCUGAGGGAGGGAAGUGGGAUGUAGUGGUUAGACUGUAGGGGUGGCGAGCCAGGAGUCCUUUGAGUUUUUUUUGGAUAGGAUUAGCAUCUAGUAUACUAGAGGGAUGGAACUCCUGGAUUCUUUGGAAGGGGUUUGUGGGUGGGCCGGGGCUAGUGGAUUAGAAAAGAAGAGUAGGUCAUAUGGGAAGUGUGUGAGAAGUAAGGCUCCUGGAUUGCCUGGGUCAUGAAGGAGAUUAGUCAGUCAGAUUAGGGGGAUCUGGGCAGUAGAGAUACAGAAUUCCAUGGUUCUGUUCUCUUCCUUUCUUCACAGUUCCCAUCCCUCUGUCCCUAAUGCCCUGUUACCAGAAACCACUACCUCUUUUAAAGCCCAAUUCUAUGCAUGUUUACUUGGUAGUUAAGUCUUGCUGAAGUCAGUGAGUCUGAUUCCCAAGUAAGUGGGUGUAGGAUUGUGGUAUUUCAGUUGUUUGGGGAGACGCACAUGGUUCAGUAAAUACCUCCCCCUCCACUAAAAGGGGCAAGGAUGAGAGACCUCAUUCUAUCUCAGUAGCCAAAGAAACUGAAAAAAAAAAGGUCAUUAAAAUAACAUGAAGUUAGCAGGGAGGGUGAAUAGAUCUCAGUCAGUGUAAGGCAUUGCAGAGGCUGUCUUAGAUCAGUCAUCUUUGACUCUGCUCAGAAUCUAGUUGGUGUAUUAUGCUGGCAUCACCACACCAGCACACAGUGGCAACAGGAAGAGGAGGAGGCAUGGUAGCCAUGAAGGAAGUAAAACAUGGGGCAAAUAGGGUGGUUAGAGCUAGUAGAUUUUGUUUGCUUUCAUUUCACACUGUUGUACAAGCCUGGAAAAAUGCAACUGAUGGCUUAUGGCACCAGUAAGGUCCUGGCGUUUGUCUACUGUUCUUCAAUAAUAGCGCAGAGGUGGUGUGGCUGGCGGCAGUCUGCCUACAAGCCUGUAAAGAACCCCCCUACCCCAAAAUCUGGUUUGAAAACACUGGGUGACUAUAGUAGUGAAAGGGAAGUUGGCAACAACCUAAAUUUAAUGUGUGAAUUUUUCCUGAGAUCUAGGCCUUCCAAAAGCUUUGGGCUAACAAGAGUCUCUACUGUGUAGUUUGACCUGAGAAAUGCACAUACCUUGGGUAUUAAGACACAGUUUUGUCCAAAUACCAAGAAGUCAGUAAUCCAAGAGGAAAAUAGAGGAGUGCAACGUUUAAGGGGAGCAGGAAGGUUAAAUGUAUUCUGUUUAUCCAUGAUGACAGCAUGUGAUCCUACAAAUUCAUCCUUCCCAAAGAGUUUGGAAACAAUAUAGGGACUUAAGUAAUGUUCCUAGUCCUCAUGGCUGUGAAUUUAUGCUUGAAACCUGUUAUGUUGUACCAGCUAAUUUAUUAAUAUUUUAUUCACUUCAUUAAAAUGACAGGAAGAUUUUAGGGUUAGUAGAGUUUACUACUACUGCCAUUACUAUUACUACUUGUAAUACUACUACUACUGCUAAUUCUUCUUCGUCGUCUUCAUCAUCUUCUUCUUCAACAAGCAUCCCAAAUGCCACCAAGCAGCCAGAUGUAAAACUGUGAGCAUAAAAAAAAAACUCUGCUGGGUCAUACCAAAGAAUUAUAACCACAGCAGACAACCUGGUGCCUUUGGGAAGCCCACAGGCAGGUGAUGAGGGCAAUAAAACUACAGUUGGCUACUUUUUGGACUAACUCCGCAUGUUAUUGCAGAUUUCUGGAAGUGGCAGUCCAAAACAGUAUUGUUUCCAAGAACAGAACACCCUUGCUCUAGUCCAAGGCAAGAAGCAAUUCAGAAGCAUACUGUUUCUGAUAUGAAGGUGAUAAAUAGCCCCAUAAUAAAUAGCCACUCAGAACCUUAUCCUCCAUGUAUUUUGUCAAUCCUCUUUUAAAAUUACUUGCCAUUGCUGCACCUUGUGGUAGCAAAAUCCUAAAUGUAGUUUGUCUGAAGGUGUUACAGUUGGCCCUCCUUAUCCACAGAUUUUUUUAUCCACAGAUUCAAGCAUCCAUGGUUGAAAAUAUUCAAAAAAAAAGUGUAAAUUCCAAAUAGCAAUCUUUAAUUUCCAUUUUGUAUA